UUGGAGACGGCUCGUGAGGAACGCUGUGAGUUUAUUCCGUAUAUGGAACCAAAAAAGGUCAACGUCAAAGACGGUCGAAUCGUGUCGGUGACCUUCAAAAAAACUGAACAGGAUUUGGAUGGUAACUGGCACGAUGAUGAUGAUCAAACAUUAACGCUUAAAGCUGAUUACGUGAUCAGUGCUUUUGGAUCUACACUGGAUGAUCACGCUGGUGGGUGUUGA